GUCUGCAACUCUGCAGUGUCUGCCGUGUCUGUCUGCUCUUGCUGCGUUGCAGGUUACGGCAUAACGGCAGCGUUAUGUGUAUAUUUGUAAUGUAUUUGUGCUAAAGAUGGUUCUAUCUUUACCGAACGUCCUUAAUCAUCAUCUUUUUAUUACGACAACGUCAUACCUAUUGUAAUUAUGACUGCUGGUGUGAACAGCAUUGAUAAUUUUCGGCGUGAGUCGCGCCGCUGAAGCUUAAAAUUUGUAUGGUGUCCGGCGUUUGCCAACUGGAACAGUUUAUUUAGAGCUAUAACUUGGUCAGGGAUUAAAAGUGUCAGGGCGUGUGGUUCCAUAAUUUCCAAAAGCAGUGUUUACUUACUUGCAGUGCAGGUAAUAAUAUUCAAGUCGAUGUGAGGUGGGUCGAGCAAACAUGGACGAGAUCAAACGGGAAAAUGACUCGGAUUUCAUAAAUUUACUGAAGGAACUGAAAAAAGAGGGUGAAUUAGAUUCCAAAGAGUGCCUUGAGCAGCAAGUGUUCAAGUGGCGUAACACCAUUGAAUACGAAUAUCUAGAGAACUGGUUGACGAGCGACAAUGAAGAGUGGCGACUCGGUGCAUUGUCACUGCUUGCGAUAUCCAAGAAAAGCACACUCGGCUUCACAGAGCAGGAACUCGAAUUGAUCAUUACGUUUUUAACAUGCAACAUCAGGGACAGGAUCGAGUACGUGCCUCUUAUAAAAAAGGUUUUGAAGCGACUCAACGACAGCUAUAUGGUGAUGAAUCGCCAAUUGGAGAGGGAAAUGAAAAAAUUGGAGAGCGAGCAUUCCGUGGUUCAUACAGAUCCACACGCAAAAUCCAACAUCUCAGCAAACAUCCUGUCCUACAAAUCUUUUGUAACUACUUUACACGCGGUGUGCGUAAGAAAUCUCUACCCUGGCGCAGUAAACGUCAGGAAAAAAUCGAGCCUACAGAUACUAUGUCUGAUAAAUGAGUUCUUAUGCCAAGAUCUAACAGACACUCUGUACAGCCUUGAUGAUUAUAAGGUACUGUUGGAUUGCGUUCUCCUAGAUACCUACGAGAACAACAAAGAAUUGGCGUAUUUUCUGAUUGAGUCAACAAAGCUCACCGAUACGUUUUUCGAUACUCAAGAGAAACUUUCCGAGCUCAUCGAGGUUGCCGUGCAGUUGGCCGAUAACGUUCGGCCUCUGGACUGCAUUGCUGCGGCUUACAUGCUGAGAAUAAGCAUGCUGUCCUCGAGAGUAGAGGAGGUACUUAUCAAAAUGACCAAGUUCAAGCCAAGCGAUUGCUUAAAGAAAAAAACAGUUUUUCAGAUGAUGAAGCUGUUAACACUAAACUUAAAGGGUCCGUUUCAAUUAGUCAGGAAAAGCAUAGUUAUGGCUACGAGCAAACAUUCGCUGUAUGGCUAUGUAUUUUGUAUCCAUAAUAUAUUAACAACAAUUGAUUUAAAUACUGUAGAUGACUAUUCAUGGCGGAAUUUGAUGACUGAUAUUGUAAAUAUAUGCUUCAUAUUGAUCGAAGGUGUCUCAGAAAUUGUAAAUAACUCGUCCCCAGAGGGACACCUGCCCAUGGACCUCGAUUCUCGGCACUUGAACUGCAUCACGAAGGACGAUGAUAAUGUCGUGGUCACCGCCCAAAGGGUCCUACUUUGUUCCUGGAGAACGGUCAAAGAAAUCAGUUUGUUUUUUGGUUUUUUGGCUGGCCACGCCCCCAUAAAAACCGAAGAAUUGACAACUGGCCUAUUGCAUGAAUAUCAUAUGAUACAAAUCGGUAACGAAUUGUUUACACUUUUAUGCGAGACAAAGCACAGAGGGGCGUUUGAACAAGCUCACGUUGGCUUUCAGCAGCUGUGCAACCGAUUGUGGCAUUUGGACGUCGAGAGUUCUGAUUUGCAAAAUUUGCCAAAAUUCUGGUUGAGACAGAUAUUACUUGCCGUGGUUGGCUUGACGACUGAGAAUUCAAAACUGUGCGCUACGAGACGAAGCGCUGGGGUGCCGUUUAUGGUUCAAGCACUGGUCACUUCGGAGAUUAAAAAGCACGGUAACGCGAAAAAUUACAUCUUCCAUCCUGUGAUGAACAUUUUAUUGAAGCUUGCCUUCUUGAACGAUGAUUUUAAUGUGGCCGAAGUAAAAACGAUACUGAGUAGCGAAAUUUUGUUAUUCACUGAUGAGUACUUGGAAAAGACAACAAAAGAGUGUACACAGUUGAACGAGAUUACGGAGAUAAAAAGCCAUGCUCUAAACAUUUUGAGAGCCCUGUUUAGACACUGUCUUCUCGGGGAUUUAGUCAAAGACUACAUAGCUGAUGGUUUCAUCGUCGCUUUCAAGAGUUACGAUGGUAAAACGUGGGCUGAAAGGAAUGCAGCAACGUUGUUGUUUAGCUCUCUUAUGGUCCGUGUUUUCGGAGUACAGAGAACCAAAGACCACGUCAACCUAUCAGUGUUCAACCAGAUGUCUGGAAAAACGUUUUUUGGCAGAUAUCCCGCUCUAUCAGAAUUCAUAUUCUACGAGCUGAAAGCAUUCGUCAACAGUCCCGAGGAUGAAAUUAAGCCGAAGAUCCAGUGCAUGCUUUUGAUACUGUCCAGAUUGAUGCCCAGUUCUUAUUCUUGGAAUUACAGUAAAGGGGAUAAAAGUAGCUGGCAGAUGGAUAAUUUUAUCGAUUUAGUAUCAAAAUGUAGCAAAAGUAGAGUUUGGAAAACCCGUGAAUUAGCAGCGAGAGCGUUAGUGCCAUUAAUAAUGAACCACAAUAUCCACGCCAAAUGUUGCAACAUCAUACAGUUGAUGACCUCGAAUAAUUUACCUCACAACUUGUUGCAUGGCUAUACUUUACAGUUUCUCCAGUUUGCAAAGAGCCCUGUUUUCGAGAAGAUUCCAUUCUCAACGGAAGAGAUUCAGAAACUUAUCAAUUUUACUGUCAUACUACUGGAUAAUCUUGAAAAUUCCGAGAAAGCCUGUUUCCCGGCUUCGACUGCCGUUCUAGAGAUUUUUAUCGAGUUGUCCAAAAUGAAUCCAUACAGUUAUAUCUGCAGAGGUUCAAACUAUUUAAACCUGCACGUAAAAAUUCAAGCUCACUUGAUGGACAACAACGUGCUCAAGAGAAAGCCCGGUAUCGAGUUGUAUGAGGUCGCGGCGAUAAAUUUGCUUCUAACUGAAAAUUACUUCGGUUCGCUGAUAAACAACGAAUACUUUUCCCCUCAGUUCUUCGAUUAUUUGUUGAAGCAUCGAAACGAGGAAGUUUUGUCGAUCUCCUGGUCGAAAUUAAUUUAUGUGAUACUAAAGACAAACAAUGCGAUGUUGUACGAUCUCGGAUUUUUAAAGGCCGUCAAAGCUCUGGAUAAACCCGCAGAUGACCCUGACUUGCAAGAGUCAAUUCAUGACUUUUUGUACCGCGCUCUUCAAGAGAUGGAGAGGGGCAACGAGUGCACCGAGUGCACGUUUUCCAAGGACGACGAGAAGGUCUACAUGUGUAUGCACAUCUUUACGAAAAUGAGUCAGGCUAUGAAAGCUAAAGAUUUUCAUCCAAGGGGAAAUUUUUUAAAAUUGUUUGCAAGGACUUUUGGAUACUUACUGAGGACGAGGAAGGAUACCGAGCUGACGAUGGCUGCCAAGAAAGUUAUGUACGAUGCCAUAUCCACCUAUUCCACUAUGGAGUCGAAUAUUGAUUGCCGAAUUGGUAUAUCCGAAGUGAUGCCAUUGCUUUACAUUGGGAUCAACGACAAGACAAAAAAAAACGACAUUUAUCUUAUACUUCAGUGGUGGACCACACUUUUGCAAUUACUUUACGAUGACAGCGCCGAAGUUCGUAGUAAUGCAAUACUAAUAAUUAGUAACUUAAUGCCGGAAACCAAAACUUACUGCGAGACAAUAGUCACGGAUACAUUUUUCAUGAAGUUUGCGUCUGCACUCACAGAAGUGGUCGAAGCCGUGGCAGCUGCUUGUUUCUGCUGGAGCAUGAAAUCAGCCGCUAUUGUUCUCGAAGAAAUCGAUGAGGCCGAUGUAUUCAACAAAAGUUACAAUUACGAGUGCUUCGAGCCUCUGCACAUUGCAAGAAAUUGCUGCUUACACUUGAGAUGCGGUGUCUUAAAGCACAAUGUCAAUUCGCUCACACUGCCGAAGCCGCUAAAAGAAUGGCUGCAAAUGGAACUUCAUCUGAACGAGAGUUUGGAAUUCGAGACGCUCGACGAAUUGAUCGACAAGUAUAAAGUAAUGGUUCCCGAAUGUGAGAAGACGCUCAAGAGGGUACUGGAUCCGGCUUAUCCUGCCAAAUUAAUAAACGAGAUCGUCUACGAAGAGAUGAAAAAAUGCUGUGAUACAGAAGGCCGCCUAAAUAUUGAGUAACAUCAUAAUAUUAUCACGAGUUCGAUUCGAUCGCCAUUACCUGCCGCGAGUGAACAAUCAGACACUCAUAGUUCGAAUUAGUUGCUAAAUCGAUUUUACAUAGGUAAAUAUGUAAUUUAUAUAUGAUACGGAAUGUCGAGGGGUACAAUUGUAUUUGAACUCUCGCGUCAAAUCAAAAGCGCCUGUUUCUCAUCCCACGGACUGUACACACAAUCUGACGAGAAUCGAGAAGCUGCUGAUUUUUUGUACAUAAGCGUAUGAGGACAUUGUUUUGCAUUUUUUUAAAACGUAACAGUUUUAUUACAAGUAUACGCGUACGGUAUCCACAUAACAACUCGAAAGACUUUCUUGCAAACAUACAUGCGCCUAAUAGCUAAGAAUCUAAAUAAUUUAUAUAACGCACAAAAAUAUUUUAGUCAUGUAUUUUGUUUAGUUUUUUUUGUAUCAUUAUUCGUAUACAGACAACAAUCUGAAAAAAAAAAAAUUCAAUAAAUCACGUUGAAUCUUUUACAAAACGUACUUUACGCACCAGUCGAAUGAAUAUUCCAAACCCUAAGCGCU